GAAGCACUGGUCCCUGAAUACAUUUACGUUCUACUCUGCUUCGCCUUAGCGUUGUCACAAUUAUCAACCUUGAACUCCAUGAUUUGAGCAACGUCAUCGUGCUUAGGUACGAUGUCGAUUCUACAUUCUCGCGACAAUUUGAAACCCAACGAGGCGUGCAUUGCUCUGUCCGAACUAUUGCAAGAUUUUGAGCAGACCAAAAAGGCCAAGAUUCUUCACGAGGAAGAAUCACAUACAAUCGGAAACCAAAGCGAUCAAGUUGACUCCUCCGACCAGCUAUGCGGUCAUGACAGCGAAGUCAAGAAUCCCCGAAGCAGAGCCAAUUCGGCAAAUGCAUGGAGUAUCGUCAGAUCUCCGCUGAGACAGGUUACUUUCGCCCAUGAAGUGUCCGACGAUGCCACAUCCGAGGUGGAUCACGAUGCCAGGAGAUCGAAGCUCGGCUAUCGGUGCUCGCUCAGCUUCCGACCGAUAACUCGCUCUAGACGCAAAUCAAAGCGCAUCGCGGGGUCCGCGGGAGAAACGAGUGAAGAUGAGUCCGAGAUUGGUGUGUCCCAGAGGAAGCUUUCGCUUUUCAGGAAGAACGAGCACUUUUCUCGGAGCGCCUUGUCGGUAUCGUCGCUUGCGGCUACUUCUGAAGAAGGAAGAUUAUCAACAACACCUAAGAACCCACCUAAGUCACAGCUCAAGGGUCGUUCGAAAUCGAGCCCACACAUGCCAUCGAUGGUAUCGCCGCCCGGGCUCCGUUCGCUGCCUCUUCAUGAAUCAGCCCUUGCAAGCGACUUUGCAUUCCUAGCAGACCGCCAGACGAUAGCUGUUCGGAACGUGCGAUCAAUUUCCAUUGCAAGCAUCCGAGAACGUAGGUUAGCAAAAGCCGCGAGGAUUCCUCCUCAGCUCCCGCCUGUCGAAAUUACACCUUUUAACAUAGAUGUUGUUUUCCCGAACAUUUUAGUGGGUGAAGAGACGGAAGAUCCCAGAGGCUCUCAGCCGAGCGACGAGCUGGAAGGUACGAGGAGCACCAUGUUCUACGAUUUGCCCGGCUCUUGGAGCAAUAGAAAUCGACGCAACUCGGCACGCAAACCACCCCCAUUCGGGCUCCCAUUAUCGCCGAGACUACCACAAGAGAGGAGAGGAAGUCUGUCCGACAUUGAUCAAAAUUCAAAGACGGACUCGAGAUACGGUGAGAUUUUCCCCAGCAGCUUCCCGAAAUCUUCUCAAAGCUCCCUGUAUGGCAGUGUAUUGUCCACUGCCAACAAUUCGAGCGUUAAAGGAAGUACAGCGGAGCAAGACAACGGCGCAUUCUCCGCAGUCAGCUUGCAGUCCUCUUGCUCACCACAUAGCAAUCUUACUACGCAUGGGCCACGGCGCUCUCAUACAUCCAAUGAGGUUCACUCAAAACCGAUCUGCCGGACAUCUGACCAGCAUUGCGCACAAUCUCAUCUAACAACCGCACGAUCAUCGGAAUUGAUCGGAGGGCAAUCAUAUCUCGAUCUGAACGUCAUCAAGAGCCGUGACAGUCGUUCGUCAUCGUUGAGCUCUGAGUCGGGAAUUCUGCACAUGCGCACUCACAGGAGGGAUCCGCCACCGUCAGUAGAGUCUCGAGAUAGGGACUCACCUGUGGAUGCGUUCAGAUUGAAGCGCUUGAAACGAGUCGUUCAAAAAGGGAGACAGGGCACACCGUCUUUUGUUCCUGAUUGGACGUUCCCGACUGCAUCUCACGAUGAUAAGAAUUACAAAGCGGUGCCGGAUGGUUCUGGUUCACAUGAUCAUUGCCUCAACAAGCCAAACGCAGUACCUCGAUUCGUAUCAAGGGGCAUCUCUUUGGUCUCUGAUACGGACGAGCCGGCCGCCAAAGAGCGUGUCACGUCGGCCAUAUGGUUUGGGCAAAGCAAAGAACAUUGCCACAACGGCGUCCUUGUCACCGAUCAAGGGCUAUUUGUGAAGAGCAAUCGAAUUCAAUCAAAUGACGAGCAGUUAAUGUUCACAGUGAGAGCACCGAGUCCCCCUUUCCAAUACGAAAACUGGCAAUCCUCAAGCACGUCUUCAAGGACAGAUGACGAAGAUGAUACAAACGCCUGGCCCACAGCCUCCUGGAGGAAAGGCGAUGACGAAUCUUUGUGGGCCAACACAGAUCCUUCAAGUUUCACGACGGUGUCUGGUGAGCAGAGAUCGAUGAACGACUAUAUGCUUCAAGAAAUGCUGGAUGAAAUUCGAGCCGGCGAUUUGUCAAUGAUGAGGAAAUCAGGCGAAAGUCUACGCUCAGCGCCAUUGUUAUACGGGUCUACGGUUCCGGACGUUGGCGAUGAUGAGCCGCCUAUUGCAAUGGAUGAGCUAGAUCAUUAUCGGCGAUCGCUGGAUCGAAGAGUACUCGUCCUCCUGGAGCAAGAUAGACUCCAGAAUUCACAGGACAGCCAUUCACGCGAAUCUCUCGGAUCCAACAGUGAUUCGAAGUCACAAUUCUCGAUCCCAGGAAAGUACAAUCAUCCAUCCUAUCUCCAGCUGAAUGGACUCGUCAGUCAACCCGUCAUGACCACAGAAACGUGAUGGCGUGUGAGAGAAAAGCCUUCGUUCCGCGUUACUGCUACCUGGAUAGCGCUGGUCAUUUGGGAGACAACAAAUUCUGUACCACAUCGUCACGCUUUGUAGUGACGAAAUAUGUUUGUUCAUUGGCGCGAGUACUUGCGUGUUGCGUUCAAUCAUCAUCAUCUCAUCUGACUAUACUUUGCCCGGACGUCACUGGCCGCGGAAUCGAAUGAAGCCGAAGGAGUAGUUAAUUCUCGACUUUGCGAUGAUAUUAAUGCCAAUAGCGGUGAAUCCAUUGUAUAUUAUUACGAGACAAGGUAAAUCAACUAUUA